GGUUCCGCUUCCGGUGCGCCCCGGUCCCGGUUCCGCUUCCGGCUGGGGGAGGGAGGGAGUCGGUCCGGUUGCGGUGCCUCCGGUUCCGGUUCCGGUGCGGAUGCGGCUGCUGGGGGCGCUGCGGUUGCGGCUGCGGCCCGGCGGCUGCGGCCCGGUGGCGGCACCCGGGCCCGGUUACCGGCAGGGGCAGAGCCCGGCGCCGCGCACCCGCGAGUACUUCUACUACAUCGACCACCAGGGCCAGCUUUUCCUGGACGAUGCCAAAGUGAAGAACUUCAUCACCUGCUUCAAAGACGUGAAGUUCCUCGCCUUCUUCUUCAAGCAGCUGCAGCGGAACCGCAGCGGGCGCUACGAGGCCGACUUCCCCUACCUCUCGCCCUGCGGCCGCGAGCACAACUUCGUCCGCUGCGACGACCGGCCCGUCGUCUUCACCCAGCUGCUGGCCGGCCCCGGCGACGCCGAGGUGCUGUCCUACUGCGGCGGGGGCGACCGCCUCGUCGUGCCCUUCGAGCCGCCCCGGCUGGCCAUGCUGCCCGAGAACGGGCGCCUCUACCACCCGGCGCCGGCCCGGGCGGGCGGCGUGGGGCUGGUGAAGUCGGCGCUGGCUUUCGAGUGGAGCCCCUGCUUCGAGUACGGCCAGGGCCCCGCGCAGCCGCCCACCCACUUCACCUGGCGCGGCCAGCGCUACGGCCUCACCAACGAACUGGUGCCCCUCAUCCGCGCCGGCGGCUGAGCCCCCGGUGCCCCGCGGUGCCCACGGCUCUCGCGGCGGCGGGGCGGGCGCCGUCCGCGUGUGAACCGCCCGUUUAAACCGCCUUAACCGUU